AUGACAACUGUGUACCGUGCCAGAGAGGUUACUACAAAGGAUAAUACAGCGCUGCCAAACCAAGAGUUCAACAGGUGCACGGCCUGUCCAGUAAACUUUGUGACACCUGGGGAACGCGCUAAUUCAUCAGCUGAAUGCUCUAUUGCCAACUGUUCUGCAGGUUCGUUCAUCAACUCCAACAACUCGUGCCAGGUGUGUGAUAUUGGUCAGUACCAGCCGGACAGGUGGCAGACGUUGUGUAGGUCAUGUGGCGCCCAGGAGACCACCCUGCAGACGGGAUCCACGGAUAUCGCACAGUGUCUCAAAUAUUGUCCUCAUGGUUAUGAGUUGAAUGCCACCAAGUCCUGUAUACCCUGUCCCCAAGGUUACUACAAGGAUAAUGAUGCCGCCCCCUCUUAUAAGUUCAACCAGUGUACUAUGUGUCCUAUUGACUUCAUCACUAACACACUGGCAGGACCAAAUAUUAGCGCUUGCAAUAUAAAGAACUGCUCUGCGGGUUCCUACAGAGACACCCUGACUAACAACUGUACCCUGUGUCCCCUGGGGCGGUACCAGCCCCAGAAGUGGCAGACCAUGUGUGAGAGUUGUGACCCAGGGUACACCACCACUGCCCUGGGGGCCAUUAAUGAGGCCCAGUGUACAAAAUACUGUGAGUCUGGCUCAGAACUGGAUGGCAGUGGGAACUGUGUUGGCUGUGAGCAGGGUUACUACAAAGAUAACACUGCUGGACCAGACUAUAAAUUUAACAGAUGUACUUUAUGUCCUGUGGAUUUCAUAACAGCUGCUACUAAUGCCACCAGUGCUGGUUUAUGUAAUGUUGCUAACUGCAGUGCUGGUUACUACAGAGAGGUCAGUAACAACAGCUGCGUGGCCUGUGCUAUUGGUUACUACCAACCACAGAAAUGGCAGACACAGUGUGAGCAGUGCCCAACAGACAAGACUACAGAGAAUCUGGCUUCCACGGAUCUAGCACAGUGCUUGUUGCGCUGUCCACCAGGCAAGGAGGAUGUAGGGGGCACCUGUCAGUUGUGUCCAGUGGGGAAAUACAAGGUGGAGUACAUGGCAUCCAGUUGUACCCCUUGUCCAGACAACUACACCACCACUGGACAGGGGUCAGUGGCCGCGGCUAACUGCUCUGUUGUGAUGUGCCACCCAGGUUUCUAUAGAGACAGCAACACAGAGACAUGUAUGCACUGUCCUAGAGGGCAGUACCAGAACCAGACUGCAUUCAUGGGUGGUGCCUGCACAGCAUGUCCUCCUGGCAGGACCACACUUAUCCUAGGGGCUGAUGAGGAGGAGGAUUGUAUUUUGGACUGUCCCAGUGGCCAGGAAUAUAACAGCCAGCUGAAGAGGUGUGAUGACUGUGCCAUAGGUUAUUACCGUAACAAGACAGUGGAGGACAGCUGUCAGAUGUGUCCCAUACAGUUCCUCACCGCCGGGACAGGAACUACCUCAAUGGAGGGCUGUAAUCUGGUGUACAUGUCUAUGUCAUCCACAGGUAAUUGUUCCUUGGGUCAACAGCGUGUGCCUAGCAACAGAUCUGUGUGUGAGCCCUGCCCAGUGGGCACCUACCAGCCUAAUCCUAAGAGGGAGACCUGUAUGGGAUGUGGACCCAACAAAACCACAGAGAACACAGGGACAGUGGAGAUCUCCCGCUGCAUAACUGACUGCCCCAGUGGUUACCAGAUUAGUGCUAGUAAUGCCACUGAUGGCUAUACUCCUCUGACUGCCCCAGUGGUUACCAGAUUAGUGCUAGUAAUGCCACUGAUGGCUAUACUCCUGUGUUAUAUUCCAGCUGACUGCCCCAGUGGUUACCAGAUUAGUGCUACUGACUGCCCCAGUGGUUACCAGAUUAGUGCUAGUAAUGCCACUGAUGGCUAUACUCCUGUGUUAUAUUCCAGCUGA